AGUGAAAGGUGCUUUUCUCUCACAAAAUGAACUAAUUCUACCGUUCGUGAUCAACUAUGACAAACUAACGACAUAUUUUAGGCAUUUUUAGUACGAACGAGUAUAAACCUAGUUCCUUAUAAAAACAGACAAACAUUUGGAAUGGAUUAGUUGAAAAUGACGGUCAUAAUCGAAACAUGGCAGGAGUUAUUGAAAACGAAUUGCAAAUAAGUGGUCACGUAGUUUCUGUUCAUGGUACUAUUAUCCAAAUAUCAGAACCGUGUAAUCUACAGAUGGAAUAAUUCGACGAGUUUAUCGAUGCUCUUCUAUCAAAAAAUAUUACUUAAUUGUUUAAGUGAGACACAUUGAUUUAAGUGAGAAUUCCAUGGAGUAGGAGUAGGAGUAGUUCGCCGAAACUGUUACCAUAACCUAUGAGAGCGAUGGCAAUUAAGUGUAUCAACAAGACUAUUGACAGCUGUUCUGAGAAUCUUUAAGCUGUCAAAAAUUAUUGGUCCUUCUUGUUCAAUCAAUCAUCUGCAGCUCCAUGGGAGAGAAAUAAUAUCGUGAGCAAUAAAUAAAUGAAUGACUCCGAUUUUUGAACAUUUCAAUAAUGGACAUUGCCAAAUCGCUAUUCAAUGUGAGAGAUCACGAAGGUUAUGUUGGGAAAGAUGAUUAUAAUAAAAAACUGGAAGCACUCGGCUCCGAAGAUGACUGUGAGACUGACGUAAACGGUUUUUGCGAUGAUGUCAUCUCUCCUAUCCCCGGCGGUCCUUUUUCCGCCCUGACUCCCUCUAUGUGGCCUCAGGAUAUUCUCGCUAAGCUCAGUCAACCGGAGGAUCCAAAUUCCCAACCCGAUUACCGAUUCGACGAAUUCGGUUUUCGGGUGGAAGAGGAAGACGGGCCAGAGCAGAGCUCAAAGAAACUUCUUGGUGUUCCCUUCAUGGACGACCCAGAGCACAAGCAUCAAUGGAUUACCCUCUUGGAGUUUAGUCGCACCCAAGAGAUCUCCGAUAUUUCCUGGGAAAAUGGCAAAACUGACGAGCGACUGCCAAGAACUGAAAAACUUCGUGAAAUGGUUCGACAAGGAAUUCCUCACUCGCUUCGCCCUAGGAUCUGGAUGAGAGUGUCAGGCGCUUUGCAGAAAAAAUCAUCAUCAGAGAUGACGUACAAAGAUAUUGUAAAAGCUUCCAGCAAUGACGCCUUGAUGACCUCCAAGCAGAUAGAGAAAGAUUUACUGCGAACUAUGCCGGCUAACGCCUGUUUCUCUCACCUUCACAGCACAGGAAUCCCUAGAUUACGGCGAGUAAUGAGGGGAUUAGCCUGGUUAUAUCCGGAUAUCGGUUACUGUCAAGGUACAGGAACAAUAGCCGCUUCUCUACUGCUCUUACUUGAAGAGGAAGAUACUUUCUGGAUGAUGGCAACCAUUGUUGAGGACCUGUUACCAGCUUCUUAUUAUUCUUCCACCCUUCUCGGGGUUCAAGCGGAUCAGAAAGUCUUGAGGACACUGGUUACGAAUUACUUGUCGGACAUUGACCAUGUACUGGUCCAACACGACAUCGAACUCAGUCUCAUCUCUCUCCACUGGUUUCUGACGCUCUUCGCAUCUGUGGUUCAUAUGAAAAUUUUAUUGAGAAUUUGGGAUCUAAUUUUAUUCGAUGGAUCAAUCGUUUUAUUCCAAAUUACUCUGGGGAUGUUGAAAAUGAGAGAGAGUGAAUUGAAGCAAUUGGAGAAUUCUGCUCAGAUCUUUAAUGCACUCUCGGACAUCCCAGGAGACAUUGACGAUGUCGAUCAGCUUUUCAAGAUUUCUCUAGAAGUCAGUGGAUCUCUCACUGAUGUUUUAAUAGAGACUCACAGGAGGAGACAUUUGGCGUAUUUAAUGGCUGAUCAGGGGGGACUUGUUGGUAAUCCUGAUGCAAGCCCUAAUCUACCUAAACAGCAUUUGAACAAAAGGCAGAUGAAGAGAACUAAGUCGAUGCUGCAGAGCUUUUUGUUCGGCGGAGAUGAAAAGGGAGAGGAUGCGAAAUCCAAAAAUAUUAGGCAGACAGAAAUUUUAGUCGAUUUGAGAGAGACUGUCUUGCAAGUAGCCAGACAUUUUAUGAAUGUCGAUCCAAAGAUCAAUGCUGGAGCCCUCGUGGCAGACUAUACGAUGGAGAGUCACUCCAAGGAUCAUGAUAAUUAUAUCAAUGUGUCGAGGACACGACAGAGACGGGCGAAGGCUCUGCUAGAUUUUGAGAGACAUGACGACGACGAACUCGGAUUUCGAAAGAACGAUAUUAUCACAAUCAUCAGCCAAAAAGACGAACACUGUUGGAUUGGAGAGUUGAAUGGUCUUAGAGGAUGGUUUCCUGCUAAGUUUGUACAGUUACUGGAUGAAAGGAGUAAGCAGUACACUUGCGCUGGGGAUGACGCAGUCAGUGAAGCUGUGACUGAUCUUGUGCGAGGAACAUUAUGCCCGGCUAUUAAAGCAGUUCUUGAGCAUGGCAUGAGGAGAGCCAAUUUUUUAGGGGGACCCUGUCAUCCUUGGUUGUUCAUUGAAGAAGCCUCCACCAGAGAAGUUGAAAAAGAUUUCAAUUCUGUUUACAGUCGACUCGUUCUUUGUAAAACAUAUCGACUGGACGAAGAUGGUAAAGUACUUACUCCAGAGGAGCUGCUUUAUCGUUGCGUUCAAUCAGUCAAUCUCACACACGACAAUGCCCAUGCUCAAAUGGACGUCAAACUACGUUCCUUAAUUUGUCUUGGACUAAACGAACAAGUUUUGCACCUCUGGCUCGAGGUUUUAUGUUCGUGUGUUGAAGUAGUACAAAAAUGGUACCACCCAUGGAGUUUCGUAAACAGUCCGGGCUGGGUCCAAAUUAAAUGUGAGCUUAGAAUUCUCAGUCAAUUUGCCUUCAAUCUCAAUCCUGAUUGGGAAUUACCACCGAAGAAAGAGCAAUCCCAACCACUAAAAGACGGAGUCAGGGAUAUGCUUGUUAAGCAUCACUUAUUUAGCUGGGAUUUGUAAAUGGAUAUUGGUUUGAACGAAAUUGCUAUCAUUAUUUUCUCAAUAUCUUCAUUUUCUCUACUCUUGGAAUGGGAGUGUUAGGAUAAUUACCUCUACAUUGUAUUUUCCCCUUUAUUUUUUUCGGAAUUGAUAUGUUAUAACAAUUACUGAAAGGGACAACACAAUUAAAUAAUAUUUCUCUAAAGAGAGCGAAGACUAAGGAAGAGAAAAAGAGAAUUGUUCAUUAACUUAUCACUCUAUCAUUCAAUCAUCCGUCCUGGAAGUUUUUCAAUCAAAAGGAAAAUAUUCAUAUGCAUACAUAAUAAAAACCAACAAAUAACUUUUCAAAAUAAGGGAAAAUUUGUAUUUGAGAGGUACAAAUUUGGGGCAACAUGACGAUAAAUUGAAAUAAAUCCAAAAUUUUUCUCCCAGGUUAUUUUGCAAAUAUGAAUGGGAAUGGGUGAAUCUCGUUUUCGACAUAGUGGCCCAUAAAUCACAGACUUUUCUUCUGUUUCUCACCCCCUUAUUACGGAAAUGAUUAAGUGGAAAAAAUAUAUAUUUCUGGUGUGUGUAUGUAUGUAUAGUAUAAUUUGGCUAUGUGCAAUGUAUAAAUACAGUAUUAAUUUUACCAAGAAUUAGUCAUAACUUGGUUGGGUCUUGUACUGCAACUAAUUUUCUGCAUCUUGCCCCUGAUUUAUCCAUUUCUUAUUCUUUACAUGAUUAUGCAAAAGGAGACCUUUAACAAAUUUGAAUUGUAAUACAACAACACAUGGAUUUUCAUUAAGGAUAUCCAAGUAAUUUAGCAGUUUUUUCCCUAAGUGAAAUGUUUUUUCACUGUUCACAAGCGCAUUUUCCAUAGAGCAUUUAUAAUGAAUCAAUUUUCUAUCCAUAAAAUAUAUAUGGAGAGACCUUGAAAAUUUUUCUGCAAUAUUUUUGGUACAGCAAAGUAUGAGCUGCAAACGACCUUUAUUAAGAAAUUUCACUAUUGCUCGUCCUUUUCAAAAUAUUCAACAUAAUUUAUUCUGAGAAAAAUGGGCUUACCCCCUUUUACCACUUAAAACGAAUGUUUAAAAAGUAAUCCUGUGCAUAAUAUUCUUUAAAUAACUAUACCAAAGUGUAAAAAAAUACUUGGAUACUCUUAAACCAGUGGUUGAUGUCAUGGAAAAAACAUUCUUCUGAGGGAUAUGGCAGCAUGGUAGGCUCUUGAUACAAACGACAAAGAGUUGAUGUGUCCUUGUUUAAAUUGUCAUAUAUUUGUAGGUGGUUUUUUCUGGACAUCCACAUUCUUUUUAUUUUAUGGCACUGUUAUGUCUGAAUUAAAUAAAACUUUAUCGACCGAG